GCCUUCCCCUCGGCGCCUAGGUUUACAUCCGGCUCCUUAGGCUUUACGCUCCUCGCGCCGGCUGGUGUUUCUCCGGGCUGACUGGCUGCUGGUUGUUUUCGCUGUUCCAGCGUCAGAAGAGCCGGUAGGUCGGCAGGUUUGAACUCCUUGUCCUGGAAGCUGUGCAUCACCAUAAUGAGGCUUGUAAUUCUUGAUAACUAUGACUUGGCUAGUGAAUGGGCAGCCAAAUACAUCUGUAAUCGCAUCAUUCAAUUCAGACCUGGACAGGACAGAUAUUUUACACUGGGUUUGCCAACAGGGAGUACACCUUUAGGAUGUUAUAAAAAACUAAUAGAAUAUCACAAGAAUGGAGACCUUUCUUUUAAAUAUGUGAAGACCUUUAACAUGGAUGAAUAUGUAGGACUUCCCAGAAAUCAUCCUGAAAGCUACCAUUCUUAUAUGUGGAAUAACUUUUUUAAGCAUAUUGAUAUAGAUCCUAAUAAUGCUCAUAUCCUUGAUGGGAAUGCUACAGAUUUACAAGCAGAAUGUGAUGCAUUUGAAAAGAAAAUAAAAGAAGCUGGAGGAAUUGAUCUUUUUGUUGGAGGAAUUGGUCCAGAUGGUCAUAUUGCUUUCAAUGAGCCAGGAUCCAGUUUAGUAUCAAGGACAAGAGUAAAGACUCUAGCAAUGGACACCAUUUUGGCAAAUGCUAAAUAUUUUGAUGGAGAUUUAUCAAAAGUGCCAACUAUGGCUCUAACAGUUGGUGUGGGGACAGUGAUGGAUGCUAGAGAAGUAAUGAUCCUCAUAACAGGUGCACACAAGGCAUUUGCUCUCUACAAAGCAAUAGAAGAAGGAGUCAAUCACAUGUGGACUGUUUCAGCCUUCCAGCAACAUCCCCGAACUAUUUUUGUAUGUGAUGAAGAUGCUACUUUAGAAUUAAGAGUUAAAACUGUGAAAUACUUUAAAGGUUUAAUGCAUGUGCACAAUAAACUUGUGGAUCCACUAUACAGUAUGAAAGAAGCAAAUUGAAGGAGACUGGAUCAAAAUUCUGCUUGAAUGAACAGAACACUUUUAUACAUAGAUGAAUUUUCAGCUAUGCAAUAUGUAAAACUUGGGGAAUCUUUGAAUAUUGUCAUUUUUGAAGUCUAAUAUCUAUAUGUUAAACAUUCCAUAUUUACAAUGUGUCCAUUUUAUACUAGGGUUUAGACGUACAUAAUUGGCUCUCACAAUUGAUCAGCUAGUUGUUACAGAAGCCACAGUCACUCUAUAACAUAGCACAGAAAUGAAAUGUCUGCCUGUUUACAAAUUUUAAGUCAUUUUAAAGGUGACAGUUCUGUACAUAAAGUACCAUGUAUAUGACUCCAGUGGCAUUAUUAGAUUUUAAUUUUUUAAUCACAGGAAGACACUCCAAGCCUUUCAGGUAUCAAACCACUAUCAUUGCAAGCCUUUACUUCCGGAAUGCUAUCUUUAUAAUAUUCUCUCUGCACAAGCUUUCUGCACGUGGUUGCCUUAGUCAUCUUCCUGUAGUAGCAUCUGGACAUCAAAAGUCCUGCUAUAUAUUGUUGGUACAGAAAAUUUGAAGAGACUGCAGUGCCUAAAAGUACAGUUUACGUCCUUUUGGAAAGUAUGUAUAAGUGCAUGUUUUUUGUGCACCACCUUCUGUAGCACUUUUUUAAACAGAUGUGCUCUUUAGUUAACGACUUGGGUUCAUGCACCUAAUUUAAGUAUUUUAGCAGUUAGGAGCUUUAUACCUAGCAACACACUUAAGGAAAUUAUUUUUUUUGAAGAAAAUUUUCUUAUUAUCGUUAAACUUCAUAAAUGGUUAGCUUUAUUCCUUACAUAUAUAUAAUGUCUAAAAGGAUCAUAUGAUGAAGUAUAAUAUAAAGUUACUGUAAACUAUUUUAGAUUGCCAUAACAACUUGCAUUAUUAAAUUGCAAAUAAAAGUAUAUUGUUUUUUAUCUUUAACUCAAAUAAAGCUUAUAAUAAACAAAUGUAAGUUAUCUAAAUUU